CCUUCUAAGUUCCUUCCAUUUUCUUGUUCUUUUUAUAUAUAUUUUGUUCUCCUUUUAUUUUCUGCCAGAUUCACUGUCACUUGCUGCAUUAUAUGAUUAAAUGAUUACCAAACAAAACCCUUAUUAUAAUAUCAAAUAAUACACCAAAAGCUAGCCCACCAGAGAAUUAUCUAUAUUUCACGAAGGAAAAAAGACAUUGUCUUGUAGUAUCUAUAAUCAUUCCGUGUACUCCUCUCUUUCACCUAUAAUAUUAUUUUGUUUCACCUGUAGUCAGUAUUGUCUUGUUAAAAGAUUUGGGUUUCUUUAUAAUUUAAUGUGGAUAUAGUUUUCUUUGCCGGGUGGUUGAGCAAAGAUGAGAGCCAUGGGGAGGUACAGUUUUGUCGGUGCCAGGGACAGGGACGAGCUGGCAUUGCCGUCUCAGAGGCUGAUAGAGGCUGCUUUGAGUGUGGAUGUAGAGGGUGUGACACAGAGCUUGAGGUCAAAGACGGUUGAUGUCAACUACAUAGGCACAGUGAGCUUGAGGGUCAAGUGCUUUGAGAGUGUUGUGAGAGAGGAAGAACCUGAUGAUACUGAGGUUGUAUAUAGAGAUUUUGUCACAGAUGUCUCUCCACUUUUCGCAGCUGCUCAUUCAGGUCACAGUGAUAUCGUCAGGAAGCUGCUGUCAGCUGGAGCUGAUGUUAACCAACAGUUAUUUCGAGGCUUUGCAACAACUGCCGCAGCUCGUGAAGGUCAUUGUCUCAUUCUUGACAUGCUUCUCAAGGCUGGUGCAUCUCAGUCAGCUUGUGAAAGUGCCCUAGUUGAAGCUUGCCUUUAUGGUCAUGCUAAAGCAGCGGAAUUGUUGAUGUGCUCUGAAAUGACGGGGCCUGAUGUUGCACAACAUGCUCUUGUAUCCGCUAGCUGCAGAGGGUUUAUUGGUGUCGUGAAUACUUUAAUCAAGAAUGGGGUGGACAAGAAUUGCACAGAUAGGGUUCUCUUACGCUCAGUAAAACCUGCUUUGCAUGCUAACGUGGAUUGCACACCACUGAUGGCUGCCAUUGUAAGUCGACAGGUGUCAGUUGUAAAAUAUUUGCUGGAGGCCGGUGCAAAAACUGAUUGCUAUAUCAGAUUAGGAGCCUGGUCCUGGGAUAUCUUCUCUGGUGAGGAAUUGAGGGUGGGUGCAUGCUUGGGUGAACCGCUUAAUGAAAUUUGGUGUGCGGUUGAGUACUAUGAAGCAAGUGGUCAAAUUUUAAAUCUUCUGCUUCAGCACAAGAUUUCAUCUGUUGAAAGCCAACAACAAGGCCGAAGCCUUCUUUGCCAUGCUAUCCUCUGCCAGAAUCCUGAUGCUGUAGCCAUACUCCUUAAUGCUGGCGCUGAUGUUGAGUUCCCCAUUAGAACCAAGAAAGGACAUGAAUCCCACCCACUUCAUCUGGCUGCUAGAAUAGGUUGCAUUCCCAUUCUGAAACAGUUGAUCUUGCAUGGAUGCCAAGUCAAUUCAAAGACUGAGGCUGGGGAUACAGCCUUGAUGUUGGCUGCUAAAGCUGAUCAGGCAGAUUGUUUUCUUGAACUCAUUAUUUCAGGUGCAGAUUUGGGUCUGGUUAAUAAUAAUGGUGAAAGUGCAGUUCAAUUGGCAAAAAGAAGUAUGUUUGGUUCUUCUUUGGCUAACAUCUUUCAGAAGGCUAUUACUGCAGGAGUUAAAGUCACCUCAACCAAUCUUGAGGUGUUCUCUCUACUGCAUUUUGUUUCAGGAAUUGGUAAUGUGGAGCUUUUACAGAUGGUCCUCCAAUAUGCAACAGAUGAUAUUAAUGAGCAUGAUGGGUUAGGAUUGACACCCAUUAUGGUUGUAGCUAGGGCAGGACAUACUGAGCUCUUCCGACUCCUAGUUAAUUCUGGGGCUGACCUUAAUAUUAAGAGCCGGGAUGGGAAGACAGUUCUAUCUCUUUUGGAGCAUCAUGCCUAUGCUGGUGUCAAAACUCGGUUUGAAGAAAUACUGCUUGAUGCUAUGCUUGAUCACAUUCUUACAAGCUGUACUGAGUUCAAAGCUCUGCACUUUGCAGCACAAAUUGGCAAUUUGCAUGCGAUAGUUCAGCUUUUGAAAAUGGAAUUUCCCAUAAAUUGUCUUGAUGAAAAUGGAAAUUCAGCUCUCAUGGUUUCGGCCAAAGAGGGCCAUACUGAUGUAUGCAAACUGUUAUUGCAAAAGGGUGCUGAUUUUGGGAUUUUAAAUGGUAGAGGCGAGACAGCUUUAUCUCUUGCAAAGAAAAGCAGUAAAUGUAAGGCUGCAGAAACUGUGAUAUUUGAUUUCUUGGCUCGUUCUCACGUCUUGCGGGGGGAGGAGCUCUUAAAGCAUACCCGGGAAGGAAGAGGUUCGCCUCAUAUAAAGUUUGUUCAGAUGCUCAAAUCUGGCUUAUUGACAUGGGGAAAGUCCAGUCGGAGAAAUGUGGUAUGUCAGGAGGCAGUGGUGGGACCUAGUUCAAGCUUCUUGAAGAACAGAAGGAAGAUUACUACAGGUCAGAACAACCUGGUUUUUAGGGUGAUUACUGAGACAGGAAGAGAGAUUCACUUUGAAACAGUUUAUGAUGAUAAUUUGGAGCUUUGGGUCCAUGGCAUUAACCUAGUGGCGAAGGAGGAAAGUUCUUGUGCUUGGUGGUUGGAUCAGUAGCUGAGUAAGAGUAGAUAAUCUUUUUAAUGUGUAUAUGAGGUGAUGGUAUGGAUUUUUAAAAUUUCAGCAUAGGUUUCUGGGUCAAACUUAGCCUCUGUGCUAUAUCCUUUACUGAAGAAAAAAAAAGGGGAUAAAAUAUAGAAUAUGCUAUACAAAGUGAAAUCUAGGAUUGCACUUAUAUUCUUGUGCUGCUGUAGAACUCAUUUCAGGGAAAAUACUGUUAUUGUAUAGAAUAGAAGAUGAAAAUAAUGUUUGUGGCUGUGAAAGGUAGAUGGCCAUUUCCUGUUGAGUUGGAAUGAAUUUUCUUUUUGGUGUG